GAUGUCCUCUCUUCGGGAGAUUUGCAGUGGUUUGCCCCUGGACCCUUUGCCUCAAAACAGAGGACGAGAUCCCAGUAUUCCCCACGCACCGGUUCGGACCCCCAACCUGACAGCAGAGGAGGAACGUUUGGCUCUGAAAAAUGCUCUGAGGUACUUCCCCUCUUCCCAUCAUGCAACACUGGCCCCUGAGUUCGCCCAGGAGCUGAGGGAGUAUGGACACAUCUACAUGUACAGGUUCUGCCCCACUCUGCGCAUGAACCCUCACAGUAACUCCACAGAUAAGAGCAAGGAACGCAGGCGCCGCCACCGUGUACAGGGCCUCCUUCCAGAGACAAAGCAGCUGCUGAACUCCACCUCAAAGAAGAAAGGUAAAUCUAAAACUGUUGAAGAGGAGCCCAGAGCAGAGUCCUCUCAGCCUGUGACCAUUCAUCUCAACUUCAAACGCUACGUGUUCGACCCUCACAAAAAGAUGGUGCAGUCCUGA